AGAAAGAAGAAGAGAAGUGAGGAGGGGUUGUCCGCAGGGCGCAAGACUCUGAAAACCACCACCUGUUAUUCUUUCUCUCUGCAAACAAACAUGACAGCGACUAUUAUUCCUCCUUUCUUCGAAUGCACAGACGAGUCUUACAAGAACAAUAAGAUGUUGAACUACAACAACAGUCUUGGUGGACCUCAGCUGACGUCUGUCCCGUGUUCCAAUGCCAGCCUCUCUUCCUGCGCCCACACCGGGUCCCUGCUGGACAGGAAGGCGGUGGGGGCCCCCUCUGCAGGAGGCCUGUUCCAACGCCGUCACUCAGUCAGCCUCCCCAGCACAAAGUUAAGCCAGAACCAGUUUGUCAACAGCCUUAAUAGUGAUCGCUCUGUCUGGGUAGGUAGCUGCUGUAGCACCAACAACAAGGAGAACCGUCUCCGUGAGUGCUCCCUCUCAGAGCUCGUGGAUGGGCUGCGGCCUGGCGGUCAAGCAUGUGUGGGUGGCAGCAGCCAGGUCAACUCGAGCCGCUAUAAGACAGAGCUGUGCCGGCCCUUUCAGGAGAGUAACACCUGUAAGUAUGGUGAUAAGUGCCAGUUUGCCCAUGGCAUGCAUGAGUUGCGCAGCUUGAGCCGUCACCCCAAGUACAAGACAGAGCUGUGCCGCACCUUCCACUCCAUCGGUUUCUGCCCCUAUGGGCCGCGCUGCCACUUCAUCCACAUCACAGAGGAGCGCCGCGGGCCCCCUCCCCUCUCGACCUUCAACAAGAUGGAACGUCCUCCGCUGCAGCACAGCUUCAGUUUUGCAGGCUUCCCCAGCAGCCGUCUGCAGGAUAGCCCUACCUCCAUCGCACCUCCACUCAUGUUCUCCACCACAGACCUCACACAGUGGCAGAGCAACCCCUUCACCUACUCCAGUCAGGAGCUCACCAGCCUCUUCAGCCCUAGCUUGGAGCCCCCUCCUGUGUCUGAGCCACAGGGUGCGGCCCCAUCAUCCCCAACAACCCCCUGCUUUUUUGAGCCCACAUCAGACAGCACCCCCAGCUCUGCUGACUCUAUGUCUGACCGGGAGGGGUACCAUAGCAGCCUGGACAGUCAGAGUGGGUCUGAUUCCCCCCUCCUGGAUGCGUCCCGCCUCCUUCCCAUCUUCAGCAGGGUCUGUCUUUCUGAUGAUUAGGAUUCUUCAUCCCUUGCCCUGAGCUGGGAGUGAAAUAGAAAGAGGGAAGGAGGGAGAUGGAGACCAUUCAACUCCUACUCCUCUGAGCCCUGUGCAUUGUUGUAGCAAGUGAGUCACGUCAGUUCACCGGACACCUUCUGUCUUGUGAGGAUUGCCUUCACAGUGACAGUGAUCCUGUUCACUUACAUGUGCUGUGCAUGUGCCAUUGUGGAAUGAAUGUGAGGUAGUUUAAAGUGACUUAUUCUGGGCAGUAUUCCUGAGAUCUGUGUGUGUGUGUGUGUGUGUGUGCGUGCGUGCGUGUGCGUGCGUGUGUGUGUGAUCAGCGCAGGGUGUCUCUGUGCUGCUCUCAGGGUGUUGCAGUAUUGCGUUUCUAUGGACAGCCAAUUUUGUAAUGAUUGCCUGUGCCACAACCUUUCCACCUCAUAGAGGCUUGUGACAACUUGGUGCUCCAUUUUAAAGGUUAUCACCAAGAGAAAUCAGUAGAUGGUGAGAUUAUGAAAGUGCCUUGCAGUUAAUUUAUGUCAAGAAGCCAACAGUAUGUUUGUUUUUCACUUGUAAUCAUGCUCAGUUUCCUUUUCCUUUCACUGGUGUCAUGGUGACCGUGCUGUUGAAGAGGCCAUCCUGCAGAUUACUUUCCAUCAAUCAGGCUGGACUGUUGGUGCUCUGUACCUUGUUUCAUGGAGCUGGUGGUCAGUUAUCACUCUAUGGGGAAAUCUCUCCAGAGAUGUUAUAUUUUAAAAAAAGCCAGUGUUGGGGGUCUUAAAUGCACAUAAUCUUUCAGUAGAGGGGUGGAAGUUGUAGUCCUAAAACCUGGAAAUAACUUCAUUUUUCAAUCAUUUUUGCACAUCCAGUUCACUCAUCUCAAAGUCUAUCAGCUCUAUCUUGCGCUUAGUGCAGUUCAGCGCAGAGUGCAAGUGUCAUUGCAUGCAUUAGAGCAAAUUACAAGAAAGCAUUCCCUAAGUUAGAGUUUACUUUCUAGCUAGGCAGACAGUUUGUUUUGUUUUUUAUGUCCAGGUUU